AUGGCGAUUUCUUCAUCAACCAAUUCUGGUGCAAUUCACUCUCAGGAGACAAAGACGAAGCCAAAAAGGCGAUUUGUGCUGAAGGCAGUCGAGGAUGCUGCUCCUGAGACUGCCGUGGCAGAUGGAGGCCCAGGAAGCAGGGAGACAGAGGCAGAGUCGAGAAACGAGGCCAAAACAAAGGCAGUGGCACCGAAACACGUGCGAAGCAGCACGACGGUGGAAACGAGGAGGACUGUGACGAAGAAGGAGAACGUGGUGCUCAGAGCUGUCUCUGAAUUGGAGCAGAUCGUCCUGCUCAACACGCUCGAGAACGAGUUGAACACUUUCACGUUUGAGACGGUCAGAGACGAAAUAGAGGCAGUGGUGGAGUUGAACCAGACUGAGGAGAUUGGGCUCAAUUUGAUAGGGCGAAUGCGCCAGUCCACGAUGGGGGAGAAGUUGAAGACGAUGAAGGAGAAGAAGCAUUCGCAACUGGAAUUGGCCAAGUUGCAGUUCAACAAGGUCACCCUCGACAAAGUGCCUCUUUUUGCGAGGGAGCUGCUUGCCCUGAAACUGGAGAAGAUCGAGGAGGUGAAGGAGCUGGUUGGAUUCGUCUUUGGGAAGGUCAUCGUGGAGAAGAACUUCCUGGAGACGUACACGAGGCUCAUUCUGAUUCUGAAGAAGGAUUUCAGGUGCUCAGAGGAGAAGAGUCUCCAAAGGGAGCAGACGUGCUUCUUUGGAACACUGCUGAAGCUGAUGAUGAGGAAGAUCGAGGAGGAGCACUCGUUCAACAGGGACGUGGUUGUGGCACAGGCUGGGAAGACGGCAGCAGAAGCUGAGGCUGAGAUCGAGAAUGCAGAGCUGAACAGGAAGAUGAAGAGGAAUCAGGCACUGGGGUCAGUCGCAUUUUGUACAACUCUUUAUACAAAUAAUGUAACAGGGUCAAGUAACAUUAAGAAGGUGGCAGAAGUGUUGAUGCGCAUGAAGUCAUCUGAAACAGUAGAAAUGUUAUGUGAGAUGCUGGUACAUGGGGGAGUACAGCUGUCAAAGGCACAGCCAAAGCUAUUUGGGUCAAUAUGCGACUUCGUGAAGAGAAAUGACACAUUUGGACCAAGACUGGAAAUAAUAGUAGAAAAGACACUGGAGAGAAUGAAUCAGCAUAUUGCAGCAAGCAAGAAGGCAGCAAGCAGUGGGAAUGUGUAUGCGGGGAUGUUUGAUUCAGUUGAAGAGAAAUUAGAAAACAAACAAAUUUCAGAGUCACAGCGCAUAAACAACUUCUUUGAUGAGAGGCUGCUUCCAGUCCUCGUUGUCUGCCACGACGAGUACGAUUUGGAGGAAGCAAGUGACAUUGUGGUCGCAGAAAUAGCCAACUACAAGAAGGAUGCGUUCACAACGGACUAUUUUGUUACAGCAAUUUCCAGUACAAAAUACUUCAGGAAAAUGGUUGAUUUGUACCAGCAUUAUCUGGUAGGGGUGUUGGAGGAGUGUCUGUAUGACAAUCUGGAGCAGAUUAAGGAGAAUCUGCCCACCUACUACGUAGACUACGCAUGUAGUAAAACACUAUAUCCAGAAUUGCUCUGCUAUCUGGCUGGAAUCAAUCAGGUAACCAGGAAGGAAUUCAUGAAACUGCAGGUGCCAGGAUACGAGACGCGAAUCAGGGAAUUGGUUGUUGAUUGGAAGAAGAGCGGAGACGAGAGACUCGGAGUCGUCUUCGAUGAGUCCGAAAUAGAUAGAAUACUGAAAGAGUGA